CGGUUCAUCGUUCAGCUCUUAUUGGUCCCAAGAUGUUUUGCUCUUUUCACGGCGAAGCAGCGAAAAACAGUAUAAAAUGUUUUUCUAGGGAUUCUUCUACUUCUGAUUGUAGCCAUGAUCACAAAAUCAAAUCCUCGUACCUUGUCCUCUCAUCUUCUCCUUGCAAGAGAGGUUCCUUCUCUGUCUCUCAGAUACCCGUUUCGUCUUCUUCCUCUCACAGCGAUGAUGCCGAUCACCCAAAUAAGGUUUUUGUGGAUGACGAUGAAGCCCUUUUUGGAGCCGUUCCUUCUCCCACUGAGAUUCAAACUGCUCUCACUUCACUUAAACAGGUCUUUGGGUGUUCUUCACAUGUCAAAGAUACUCCUUUAGCUUUAGUUGAUCAAGUAGAUUCAGAUCUGUCUGAAGCAGACUGGAAAGAACCUUCUCUGUGUUCAUAUAAUCCAAGCAUUUUACAAGCUGAUGUUUUUGAUAGAGCUUCUUUUGCAAUUCAUUUAUUGCAGACGGAUGCAUGUGUUGAGAGGAUGGUAAGAUCGUUAUCAUCAGAUAAAUCUGUUUGGGAUGCUGUACAGAAAAAUCAAGCCGUACAGAAAUUAAGGAACGCCCUGAAUGCAGAAAGAGACGAGAACUCGGAUGAAACAGUGGACAAUGACUCUCCUGACACAAAAAAUGUCAUACUGCGGAUGUCUGGUGCUGUAAUAGCCAAACUAAUGGAAGCAAUUGAGAAUAUGACCGAGAUUGUGAAGAAGUUGUUUCAAAGUGCACGUCACAAGAGAGCAGCAUAUGCAGGAAAAUCUAAUUCAUUCAAAAUGAAGCUGAGAGUUUCUGUCAUGCUUUCCAUAAUGAUCUUUCUAUUUGUGGUGGUGGGUCGUUUCUAUUAAUCUAAUUCAUUCAAUGAGAAGUUAAUCCACGGCAUAGUUCAACAAAGUGUUGACAGUUCUCAUUGAUUCUUUGGCACUAUUUCUUGUGGGUAAGACUUUGGGAUUGGGAUGUUUACCUAUUUGUCCCUUUUUGCUUCCUCCCAAACAAAAAAGAAGAGAUUUUGCUUCCUUGUGGACCAAACAAGGAGUAAAAGCUAUCAUUUGUAUACAUGAAUUUUACUUGGUCUUUACAAUCUAUAUGCGAAUUUGACUUUAAUGAGCU